AUGAGGACCCCAAUGAGGAGUCACCACGCCAGAGAGAAACUGCGACUGGCCGCAAUUCUUCGUGUAAAUAGCAGCGAGGACGAAGACGACGAGGGCGCGCGCUCGUACGAGCCGAUCGACCUGCUUCAGGACGCAGGCAUCAACGCCAUCGAUAUCGUGAGGCUCAAGAAGAACGGCUUCGCAACCAUUGGGCAGCUCUUCCAAGUUUCGCAGCGGAAGUUGUUGGGAAUGAAGGGGAUUAACGAGGCCAAAAUGGACAAAUUCCUUCAAGCAGGCAAAAAGCUGAUGCCCGAAAAGAGCGGGUUCGUCACGGCUAGUACACUCUAUCUGCAGAGUCAGAGCAAGAUAUUCAUCACCACUGGAUCAGCUCAACUCGAUCAAAUUCUUGGAGGUGGCUUGGAAACGAUGUCGGUGACAGAGGUGCAUGGCGAAUUUCGGACAGGAAAAACGCAGUUGUGCCAUACGAUAUGUGUGACGGCGCAGUUGCCUCGCUCCCAAGGAGGUGCAGCUGGGAAAAUCGCGUUUAUCGACACAGAAGGGACGUUUCGGCCAAACCGUGUCGCCGAGAUUGCAAAGGAGCGAUACAACCUGGACCCUAAGGAAACUCUUGACAACAUUGUUGUUGCAAGAGCUCACAGCCAUGACGCCCAGAUGGAUCUCGUCACCGAGAUUGGGGUGCUUUUCGCAGACCCUGAUCAAGGUCCAUUUCGCGUGUUGAUCAUCGACUCAGUGACGGCAUUAUUCCGCACGGAUUUUUCCGGAAGCGGAGAGCUUAGCGAGAGGCAACAGCGACUGAAUCAGCAUCUGGUUCGGCUUGUGAAGCACGCCGAGGAAUUUAAUAUCGCGGUUCUAGUGGUCAAUCAAGUGAUGGCUGACCCUGGAGCCAACAUGACGUUUGGCUCCGCGAUGAAGCCUGUUGGAGGCCACGUGAUGUCUCACGGAGUCCACACGCGCGUAUUGAUGAAGAAGGGGAGAAGUGAAAAUCGCAUAUGCAAGAUUAUCGACAGUCCAUGCAUGCCUGAAGCAGAAUGCUCAAUCAAGCUUUACGCAGGCGGGAUCACUGACUCGGACGACUAA